AUGAGCAUCGGCGCUAGUUUAUGCCUGUACGUCGACGAGUGCCAGGAACGGAGCGACGGGUGCGAGCACUACUGCAGGAACACCGCAGGGUCCUUCGUGUGCUCAUGCCUGCGAGGGUACCGCCUGGUGGAGGGCAGGCGGUGCGAGGCCAUCCCGACCGACCUCGAGCAGGACAACGCCGUCUCUCAGCGCGGGCAAAUCGACGACGUCACGGAGAACGGCCUCCAGAUCCUCGAGGACGACUUCACGGACCUGAAGAAUGACCUGACGGUGGUCGAGACCGAAAGGAGCUGGACAGUGGACGAGAAGGGGACAUGGAGGAUCGAGGGGGACAGGGCCUCGGAAGGACGAGGAAAGACCACUGGCGGGGACGACCGCCGACGGGGCCCGGGCGAAGGAGAGGGCCGAGGAGAGGGCCACAGAGAGGGCCAGGACGCCGUCGACGACAGGAGAUGGAAGUUGGACGAAGAGCAGCACUGGGAGACCGGGGGACAUGGGCCUCCCAGACCAGGCGGAGGCAAGGGCAACGAGGACGAGUCGAGAUAUAACAACGUCGACAGAGAUGGAAGAUGGAGGAUAGACGAGGAAAGGAGAUGGCGAUUGGAGGAGGAGAGGAGGUGGGGAAUAGAUGGAGGACGAGACCAGUGGAGAGGAGAGACGGAAGAGAAAGGGGAAAAGGUAAAAGGUGGAAGAAAAUGGAGAGUCGACGAAGAGCUUUACACAAGAAUUGAUGAAAAAAUGAAGUGGGGAGAGGAUGGAAUCAGUCCCGAGGAAGACGGUGGAAUUAAGGAACCAGGAGAAGCUAACAUAUUUGAAAGACCUGGUAGACCUGGCGAAGGAGGAGUUACACGACCAGGCGAAGGAAACGGUUUCAGACGACCUGGCGAAGGAGACGGUUUCACACCACCUGGCGAAGGAGACGGUUACAGACCACCUGGCGAAGGAGACGGUUUCAGACGACCUGGCGAAGGAGACGGUUUCAGACGACCUGGCGAAGGGGACGGUUUCAGACGACCUGGCGAAGGAGACGGUUUCAGACGACCUGGCGAAGGAGACGGUUACAGACCACCUGGCGAAGGAGACGGUUUCAGACGACCUGGCGAAGGAGACGGUUUCAGACGACCUGGCGAAGGAGACGGUUUCAGACGACCUGGCGAAGGGGACGGUUUCAGACGACCUGGCGAAGGAGACGGUUUCAGACGACCUGGCGAAGGAGACGGUAUCAGACGACCCGGGGAAGGAAACGGAAUUAGGAGACCUGAAGAGGGUGGUGAGACUGGAAUACCAGGAGAAGGGGGAACAGGAGUUGCUAGACCAGGAGAAGGAGGUGACUUCGGAAUACCAGGAGAAGGAUUCGGGAGACCAGGAGAAAGAGGAGAUAGUAGACCACGAGAAAAGGACGGCUUAGGAAGACCUGGAGAAGGCGGAGGAGUGAAAAGACCAGGAGAAGGGGACGUAUUUGGAAGACCUGGUAGACCUGGAGAAGGAGAUGGGUUCGUAAGACCUGGACAAGGAUUUGGAAGACCUAGAGAUGGUAGACCAGGAGAAGGAGACGGCUUCGGACGACCCGGAGGAGGAGUGAAAAGACCUGGAGAGGGAGGAGGUUUGGGGAGACCAGGAGAAGGUGGAGGAAUUGGAAGACCUGGAGAAGGAGACAGUUUUGGGAGACCUGGUAGACCCGGAGAAGAUGUUCUCAGACAACCUGGGGAAGGAGACGUUUUUGGAAGACCUGGUAGACCUGGAGAAGGUGACGGCUUCAUAAUACCAGGAGAAGGAGGAGUGAAAAGACCGGGAGAAGGAAGUGGACCCAGACGACCUGGAGAAGAAGGAUUCGGAGAAGGAGACAUAUUUGGAAAACCUGUUAGACCUGGAGAAGGAGGAGGAUUGAAUAGACCUGGAGGGGGAGGAGGAUUAGGAAGACCAGGAGAAGAAGACGGCUUCAGACGACCUGGCGAAGGCGGAGUUACAAGACCUGGCGAAGGCGGCGUCACAAGACCUGGAGAAGGAGACAUUUUUAGAAGACCUGGGAGACCUGGAGAGGGAGACGACUUCGGAAAACCGGGAGACCGAGGAGACUCAGACAAAAGACCCGGAGGAGACACGUGGAGAGUAGACGAAGAGAGGAGAUGGAGGCUAGAGGAAGAGAGGAGAUGGGGAGUGGACGAAGAGGAGGAGAAGAAAAUACGAGAAGACGUUUCCACGAGCCGCGACGGUGAACAGGAUAGGGACCUCGUGACGGUGAUCGAACACGACACCAAUAUCACCAACACUGUGAUACACGGCUGCUCAAGGGGUUUCUUCGGGCCCGGUUGCCGGUCCUCGUGCGCCGAGUGCCCCGGCAGGUGCACGGACAGGGGGUGCGUGUGUCCCCCGGGGAGGACGGGGCGCACCUGCCAAGAGCCCUGUCCCGAGGGGUCCUUCGGCCAAGACUGCAAGCAGGCGUGUCAGUGUGAGAACGGAGGCUCGUGUGAUGCGGAAACGGGCGCGUGCAUUUGUCCGCCAGGUGUCGUGGGGGACCGCUGUGAGGAUGGCUGUCCCGCAGGCUUCUUCGGACAAACAUGCCGACGUCGCUGCCCCAUCAAAUGCCCCAACUUGCGGUGCAAUCGGAUCUUCGGGUUCUGCGAGUGUGACCCGGGGCGAUUAGGACCCAAGUGCAACAUGCCAUGCCCGGAUAUGACGUGGGGGGCCAACUGUCGCCAUCAGUGCCAGUGCCGCGUCCAGAGCACUCGUCUCUGCAGGCCGGAGGACGGCAAGUGUGAGUGCCAACCCGGAUAUACAGGAGCCAACUGCUCUGACCUCUGUCCUCCGGGGCGCUGGGGAGCCGACUGCGAGAACACCUGUGCUUGCGAUGACGGAAGCAGGUGUGAUCACGUGACGGGUGCUUGCCUUCAGGAGUGUCCAGCUGGCUUCACGGGACCCAACUGCGAGCGGCCUUGCGGCGAGGGCACCUUCGGACCCGGAUGUAAAAGGGUGUGCCAGUGCGGGUCUCGGCCCUGCGACCCGGCCACGGGGGAGUGCCGCUGCGCCCCGGGUUUCCACGGCGAGAGCUGCCUUCAGCCUUGUCCUGAAGGUCUGUGGGGCGUGGACUGCCUGCAGAAGUGUGAGUGUGAAGGCAACAGUACCUGCGAUCGCGUGACGGGAGCCUGUCAGUGUCCCCGUGGAUCUACUGGAGACGCGUGCGAGAGACAGUGCAGGCCCGGGCGGUGGGGAGAAGGUUGCAGGCAGUCUUGCAGAUGUCUCAACGGUGCAACAUGUGAUCCUGUGACUGGCAAGUGCAUAUGCGGCGCCGGCUUCACGGGUCCCUACUGCGGCCGCCAGUGCCCUCCUGGACGGCAUGGCCACGAUUGCGCUCACGUGUGCCAGUGCCCGGGCGGGGGCCAGUGCCACCGCGUUACCGGGCACUGUUCCUGCCCGCCGGGUAGGACUGGACAGAAGUGCCGGGAAACGUGUCCGGAAGGCGUGUACGGCGUGGACUGCGCCAUGAGCUGUAGGUGCGAGAACAACGCCACGUGCGACCCCGUGUCCGGCGCCUGCACGUGUACCCCGGGAUGGCAAGGCAGGUUCUGCUCCGAGCCAUGCCCCGCGGGCUUCUGGGGCCGUGAGUGCCGCCGCGUGUGCGAGUGUGGCACUGGGACCUGCGAGCCUACCACGGGGGACUGCAUCUGCCCACCGGGGGAGGAGUGUGACAGGGCGUGCCCGCCCGACCGCUGGGGCCCCACCUGCGAGAACAUCUGCCUCUGCCACAACGGAGGCACCUGCGACCGCGUUUCCGGCCUGUGCAUGUGUCCUCCUGGCUACACCGGUGCUACGUGUCAAGAGAGGUGUCCCCCGGGAAGUUUCGGCGAGAAGUGUCAGUUCUCCUGCUUGUGUCAGAACGGUGCCACCUGCAUGCAUGACACUGGCGCUUGCGUUUGUCCUCCCGGUUAUAGAGGCACCUACUGCGAGGAAGGAUGUGAUGACGGCAGCUACGGGCCAGCGUGUCUCCUGAAGUGUGCCUGCCAACGGGGUGGAGAGUGCGACCCCGUGACAGGAGCGUGCGCUUGCCCCCCGGGAUGGCAUGGGGAAAAGUGUGACAAGCCGUGUCCGCAGGGUCUGUGGGGACAAGACUGCAAUAACAUGUGUAAUUGCAAGCACGGAGGUUCCUGUCACCAUGUCACAGGAGUGUGCCAGUGCCCAUCUGGCUACACCGGGGAAAACUGUCAAGAUAUUUGUCCACGAGGAUUUUAUGGGAAGGACUGUAAUCAGCGUUGUACCUGUGCCAGGAAUCAGCCGUGCCAUCACAUUACGGGUGCCUGCAAGUGCCCGCCUGGACGUAUGGGGGCACAGUGCCAUGACUUCUGCCCCGAAGGAAGAUGGGGGGAGCAGUGCCAAGAGGAGUGCCAAUGCAAGGGCUCUUCCCUCUGCGACCCCGUCACCGGCACCUGCGUGUGUCCCCCAGGUACUCGAGGCCGGAAGUGUGGCAAAGGCUGUCCUCCAGGUUUUUAUGGCAUCGAUUGCAAGGAGAAAUGCGAGUGUGAGAACGGAGGUCGAUGUAACUCGACGACUGGGGCUUGUGAGUGCCCCGAGGGUUUCUACGGUCCCACGUGCUCCCUUCCCUGCCCUGACGGUACAUACAGCACCCACUGUAACCAGACGUGUGAGUGCGAACACGGCGGUGUCUGUACCAGGAGCGGUCAGUGCAGAUGCCCGGCAGGGUACGUUGGAUCCAAGUGCGAGAACCGCUGCCCGGCCGACAAAUGGGGCUUGCAGUGUGCCAACGAGUGCCAGUGCCAAAACGAUGCCAUUUGCCAUCCAGCGACGGGCGAAUGUCAGUGCGGGCUGGGCUGGACCGGACCCAACUGCACCCUCCCCUGUCCCGCUGGUCACUACGGCCCCGACUGCCAGCUGGACUGCGCCUGCCACCACAACGCCACCUGCGAUCGGUUCAGCGGCUGCUGCAUCUGCGGACCGGGAAGAUACGGACGGUAUUGCGAACUCGAGUGCCCUCCUGGAUUCCACGGCGACUAUUGCACGAAAGUCUGUGAGUGUGAGAACGACGCGACGUGCAAUCCGUACACCGGCCAGUGCAUCUGUCCUCCAGGCUUGACGGGUGACACCUGCGCCGAUAGAUGCCCAGAAGGGACGUUCGGCCUCGAGUGCCAAAGCGAGUGCCAGUGCGGCCCCUACCCCUGCCGGAAGGACACGGGGGAGUGCCUGUGUCCUGCUGGCUUCAAGGGACCCGGAUGUGAGAUGCAGUGCGGUCCGGGGCGGUACGGCCUCGGGUGCCAGCAGCAGUGCGAGUGCCGGAAUGGUGCGACCUGUGACCCGGCGACAGGACAGUGCACCUGUCCGCCGGGCUGGAUCGGGCCAACGUGUCAGGAGAAAGACCUGUCGGUGUUCACCACACACCCCGACCACCGGGACCGCUCUGACAUCCCCGUGGAAGACAGCUGAGACCCCCCCCCCCAUCCGCCUCGUCAGCUCCCGUCGAAACACAGAAAUUACGCCACAUCUCCAUACUUUCUGCGUCGGAAAUCUAGGUCACGUGAUGUUAAGACGUGAGCCUCUACGUCACAUCACGUCACGCCAUCCCAUGCCUUGUAAACGUCAAGCCAAUGCACGCAGAUGGAGCCUGUGACGCGUACGCUUACAAUGCCCUCAUGCAACAGUGCUUGAGCGGAAGGCAGGCAUGGUUGCAAAAGUCUUUUCUCCCAGCCGGUCGUUGCAAGUGUUUUUUACGUACCUUCUGUAAAUAUAGAUAAUUUAUAUAUUUGGGAAAGUUGGUUAUUUGUUAUCGGACGGAAAAGUACUGGAAUCUUGACUAUUCUUUGUGAAGUUAAGGAACUGAAAAGAAGAGCAUGUAUGAUUUUAUGGGGAAAAUAUGAGAAUACGCGCGCGCGCGCGUGUGUGUGCGUGUGUGUGUGUAUGUGUGUGUGUGUGUGUGUGUGUGUGUGUGUGUGUGUGUGUGUAUGUGUGUGUGUGUGUGUGUGUGUGUGUGUGUGUGUGU